ACUGCUCUUGGCAUACUCUAUGAGAAGACAAAAGUGGCCAACCCCUUGAUCUUGGUUUAUUAAUAACUUAAACCUUUCUCACUGCCUGGUUAGGAAAGCAAAUGAUAGUUUUCAGCUACAGAGGAUCUAUCUUCAUCCGGUUCCUCAAUCUAGAAAAUGAGUGAAGCGGGGAACUAAAUAUUUGGUGGCAGAGAUAAAGAGCUAAUCCUCCUAGCAUGAAAGGGACCCAUCCUGUCAUCGUCUCCUAACCACCCAAGUUGGAGAUCUCUCUGAUUAUGCAUCCAUGGGUUUCCAGGAGAAUAUGAUCCACACAGUCAUAUGAUGUGGGGAACAAAAUUUUACUGGUGGCCCAGAAAGAAGACCUGAUAUGAUGAAUGAGGCCACUCCACUAACUAAGAUGACUCCAGUAAUAAAUUUUAAAAAGAACAAAAAAGAAGAGACGCUAACUGAUGAUUCUAGUUUCCAGUGGUAGGAAUAAGUUCCAGUCCAAGUUGGGUGAAAACACCACAAGCACCAGGAAUAAGGAAAGACAACCAAUAGAACAAGACAACAUAGAAAGGCUUAAUUUGCCCUUUUCUUAUGCAAAGUACUGAAAAUAGAAAUUCUUCUUUACAGCUAAAUCUUCCCAAUUUGGGCAGUUCCUCAGUGAUACAUGAUAAUUGCAUUUAACAAAAACACACAUAUACCUAAUGGAAAUACCAGAAAAAUAACUAGAGAAACCACAAAUACAUUGUGAUUAACAUUAGCCACAGAGUGGUGUUACCACACCAUGAGAUCAUGUGAAAAGUGGUAUGAUUGUUAUUUUGGACCCUAAUUGAAUAGCUAAUGCAGCAUUUAGUUUGGACUAAAGCCUCGAAUAAGUUGUUUAAAGCAGAGUUUAAAAGAACUAUGUAUGUAAACUAGUUGAGAGUCCUAUAUUAACCAACCAUACAUAGUGGCGUUGUAGGUAAACAAGGAAUCGCCUCAUUUCAGAUUAAAGUAUCACCUUACAGGUUCAGACAAAUACAUAGCAAACAACCUAGACCAGCCCUAGAGAACUAAAAUACAUUAUCUAAACUAUAAAAGUUGAAUGCUUAAUUCCAAACAAACAGCCCCAGCAUUUAACUUUGGCUUCAAAGACAACAUUAUACCAGCAAAGUAUAAUAUUUAACAAUAACUAUAUCAAUCAUUUGUUUGUCAAGUCCGGAUCCAUAUAAAUUAUUUAGAUUAGUCAUAAGAGAUCUGCUUAUUCAAGGUAGCAUCAUUGAAACAGUAUCUAGAAAAUAGUCUCCAAGUCAGCAUAGAGAACUCCAGAGACCACUAAUCUUAUUGGUAUUCUAUAUCAUUGCUCCCCAUUAAGGCUAAAGAUAGCCACCUAACUGCAAUAAGCCACUAUAUUUACCAAUUUUUUAUAUUUAACAACUUUUAAGGUGGAUAUCAAUGGAAGGGUUAGUUUUGGUGUACCUUCUUUCUGAAGAUGUGUCCGAGUACUUUAUCGUUCACUUCUUCAUUGGGGGUGUGGUAGUAGCUAAGCAAUCCAUAUAAAACCGUCCUUUGUCCCUGUAGAAAAAGUCAGCAUCCACCAUAUCAGAGAGAAUAUAUUGUCUCUUUCAUGUCCAUCUAGACCUUUCUCUAUGAGUUGGAAGGACCACCAUGCCUGCCCCUAUAUAUAUAUGAGCCAAAUGAUUCCUCACCAGCUCAAAAACAUAGUUCAAUCAGAAUCUAGAAGCUAGAGAUCCUAUAAUUAGACACCGAGUACAUCAGGAGUAGUCUGUGGAGACAGAGAUGGAUGAAGCACAAAAUUUGAAUAUGUGGGAAGGCUAUGUAAACUGGAGGAACAAGCCUGCUGUGAGAGGCCGUCAUGGUGGAAUGCUAGCAGCCACCUUUGUCUUGGUUGUGGAGGUACUAGAAAAUCUAGCAUUCCUGGCUAAUGCAAGCAACCUUGUGCUCUACCUAUCAAAGUUCCUGCAUUUCUCUCCAUCUGGCUCAGCAAAUAUUGUUACUAAUUUCAUGGGGACAUCCUUCCUCCUGGCUCUGGUUGGCGGUUUUCUAGCAGAUGCAUAUCUCAACACCUACUGCAUCUAUUUGAUAAGCGCCGUAAUCGAAUUCAUAGGGUUGUCAGUACUUACAGUCCAAGCUGGUAUCACCUCACUGAAACCACCUCCAUGUGUCACCAAAACUAGCAUCCUAUGUGAAGAAGCGAACGGUGAGAAAGCAGCAAUAUUCUUCGCAGGCCUCUAUUUGGUGGCACUAGGUGUUGGAGGGAUCAAAGGUUCGCUUCCUCCACAUGGUGCAGAGCAAUUCGAUGAAACCACGCAGUUAGGAAGAAAGCAGAGAUCAGCAUUCUUCAAUUACUAUGUGUUCUGCCUCUCUUGUGGAGCUCUGAUUGCAGUUACAUUUGUUGUUUGGAUUGAAGACAACAAAGGUUGGCAAUGGGGUUUGGGAACUGCUACUGCUGCAAUACUCCUAUCAAUACCUGUCUUCAUCCUUGGCUCCCCAACUUAUAGGACCAAAGUUCCAACAGGCAGUCCCAUCACAACCCUUUUCAAGGUUCUAGCUGCAGCAAUUUACAAUGCCAGCAAAUCUAGGAGUCCUAGCAAUGCUAUCAUGGGAAUGGAGACGAGCUCCUGUGAUACCACAACUACCACCAGAGAAGGAGAAGAGAGAACCGACAAAAGCAAGACUCCAAACAAGACAUCUGUAACUGAAAGCCUUGACUUCCUCAACGGAGCAACAAGUAACGAGAAUACUGCCAUCGGGAUGCUCCAAUGUAAAACCAAUGAGGUAGAAGAGGUAAAGAUUGUGGUGAGGAUACUCCCGAUCUUCAUGUCUACCAUAAUGUUAAAUUGCUGUCUUGCCCAGCUAUCUACCUUCUCUGUGCAACAAGCAGCAACAAUGAACACCAAACUAGGUUCAUUCAAAGUCCCACCAGCCUCACUCCCCAUUUUCCCAGUCAUCUUCAUUAUGAUCCUGGCACCAGUCUACAACCACAUCAUCAUACCUUUUGCGAGGAGGAUUACAAAAUCCGAAAUGGGAAUCACUCAUUUGCAAAGAAUAGGGACAGGAUUGGUACUUUCGAUCAUAGCAAUGAUGGUGGCAGCCAUUGUGGAGAGCAAGCGAAAGAGGGCUGCAGCAGAAUCUGGAUUGCUAAAUGCUUCUGUUGAACCUCUGCCCAUGACAUUCCUUUGGAUAGCAUUGCAGUAUGUGUUCCUUGGAUCAGCAGAUCUCUUCACCUUGGCCGGAAUGAUGGACUUCUUCUUCUCGGAAGCCCCAUUCAGCAUGAGGUCAUUGGCCACAUCACUGUCUUGGGCCUCACUGGCGAUGGGAUACUAUCUAAGUUCUGUGAUCGUUGCGCUAGUAAAUAGCAUCACGGGUGCCUAUCGACAAACUCCUUGGCUCAAAGGUGGAAACUUGAAUGAGUAUCACCUGGAGAGGUUUUACUGGUUGAUGUGUGUGUUGAGUGGAAUCAACUUCCUGCACUAUCUGUUUUGGGCACGCCGCUACCAGUACAAAUCAACUGAGGCUGAAUCAGCGGAGUAAGCAGAUAACCCUACUCACCAAAUAUCAGCAUCUUUAUCUUCUGAAUCAACUUCACCGUCAUGUGAAGAUAUGUAUACUAGCUAGCUUGCCAUAAUUCUUGAUCCUGAGUAGUACCUAGUGAGCAUUCUGUUUCCAUCCUGUACCGAAACGUAUGAGAUUCUGAUACAAUAAAGCUUUUCACUUCAGUGCUAUUUUUGGUUCUGGAUUUUGCUUUACGACCAAAGAAACAAAUCCCAUUCCAAAACCCAAGUCAUCAACUACGUGACUACUGCAAGAAGGGAAAGACAAACUAGUAAACUACCACUCACAAUUUUGAUAUCAAGUAAAGGCAUUACCAAUUUAACACCUCCAGAAAUGAACAGGAAACAAAUAAUCGAAAACCCUUAUACGGAGACUUGCCAACAAGCCAAAAAAGUGACAAAGCUGUGCUAAGCUCUAUAAGGAGAAAGGUAAUCAAUUGGAACUUCGCGCCAGUCCCAUGGUAAAUCUUACUUACAUAUUGGGGCUGCGGCGGGUAAUGUCAUCGUCCUAGUUUUAGCCGGAAGCUGAAGUCUUUGUUGGUAAGCAGCAACAUCUCCUCUGUUCAGUUCUUCUCGAGAAUCAAGAGGGCUGCCAGCCACCUACCCAGUGGUGCAGAAGUACCUUUUAUCAAAUAAAAUUUUUCAAUAACC